AUGGAUAAUAAUUCAGAAAAAGUUGACAUGCUUUUUACAUAUUGGGAAUGUCAAAAAAAUACACGUCUUGCCAAAGAAACCUAUGCUCUUCGUUAUCCGAAUAGGCAGCAUCCAUCACAUAGUUUUUUUUAUAAACUGGAAAAAAAUUUAAGAGACACCGGUUCUUUUUCCAAACGAGUUAUUAACCAACAACCAAGACGAGGAAAUGCUAUUGGAGAAGAUGUUGAGGUACAAAUACUAGCUUACGUUAGAGCAAAUCCAAGGUCUUCUAUUCGUCAUGUUAGUAGACAAAUAAACAUUUCAUAUGGAGUAGUUCAAAAAAUUUUAAAAAAACAUAAAAUGCACGCUUAUCGUGCUGAUUUAGUUCAACAUUUACGUGAAGGUGACGCUGAACGUAGAAUUACGUUCAUUGCUUGGUUGGAAACCAAAUUGAUCGAAAAUCCUUCCGUUUUAAAUUACAUUCUUUGGACAGACGAGUCUAAGUUUACAAAUAAUGGAGUUUUAAAUAAACAGAACCAUCGCUAUUGGGAUGACCAAAAUCCUCAUUGGACAUUUGAGACCAACAAUCAAAAUGUGUGGGGAACGAAUGUAUGGUGUGGCUUAAUAAAUGGUGCCCCUGCAUUAAUUUGUCCCGGGGCCCUAAGAAUUUUGGGACGUCUCUGUUCGAUUGAAAUACAUUCAAGAACAAAUGCCAUUGGGAUACCGUUGUCAAUAGACAAAAUAAUUUAUGACAAUAAUUCAACGUCGGAUAAUGUCUUGCAAAUAAAUAUCGAUGAGUUUUAUAAAUACGGAUUUAUUCAAAAUAAUAGUCGUAUGAAUGUUUAUUUUGAUUCAAAUUACUGGGAACGAUCAACUAUUGUAUCUACGGGAGAAGAAUGCGAGUUCGACUAUGUUACUCCUAGUAAUCCUACAACGAAUCUUACAGAAUACAGCCUGAAUGAAUGUAUUAAAACAUUAGAAUAUAAAUAUGAAAGACAUUAUUAUCCAUAUACGGCAAAUGAGGAUGUUCAUCAGACGUUCCUCACGGUUCAUUGGAAGCCAAUUAAAAAACAAAGUUGCAUAUCAAUUACAUAUUUUCAUAAUUUAGAUUCUGAUAUGGAAAUAAUUAUGAGUAUAUUCAAUGAAAAUGGUACGAUAAUAACUUCACCAAUAUUAGAAAAACUUGAUAGUAUAACAACAUUAAAAGUUGACAACAUGGCUCUUAUUCAAGAUCAGGAAUAUAAAAUUUCAUUAGAAAGGAAAUAUGGUAAUAUGCAUAACUAUUACGGAUAUAACAGUAAUUUUGGAAAUUGGUUCAAACUCAUUCGGAUUACUCAAUGUUCAGAUAAUGAUGAAGAAGAAGUAAGAGUUGUUUCUAUGAAUGAUAUUGAUAAUUAUUGGUGUAAACCUCAGGAGCCCUUCCCAUAUACUACUCCAUUACUUCAUAUACUCGGAAAUGAUAAUACUAGUGUCUGCGACAAAAUGACAGUAUCCUCAACUGAAUCUUGUUUAAAUGGAGGUUUCAUGCAAUCAACAAGAUCGACGUGCGUUUGCCCUCCUGGAUUUAAAGGACAAUUUUGUGAAAUAGGAUGUGGAUCUAAUUAUUAUGGAGCCGAUUGUAAAGGUGUUUGUUCAAUGCAUGACAAUGAAAUGUGUCGUGGAUUAUUAAUGUGUACACAAUUGUAUGGCUGUACAUGUCCACCCGGCCUAACUGGUCUAUUUUGUGACCAAGACUGUAUACCGGGUAAAUAUGGUGCAGAUUGUAAACAAACCUGUUCAUCGAAUUGUCAUAACAAUAAAUGUGACCAAUAUACUGGCAUCUGUUAUCAAGGAUGUUCAGAAGGAUAUUUACCACCUUACUGUCUACAAAGAUAUCCAUACCUCAUCAGUCCACCUAAACUUCUUUCAAACGAAUACGAGGCGAUAGAGAUGGAAUUGAAUUUCAAAUCGGAUAAUAUAAAAGGAGGAGAUAACAAUAUAAAGUUGAAAUACUAUCAAAUAUUUUAUAAAUCAAUAAUUGAAGAGGAAUUUACAAAAUCUGAAAUUAAACUAAUAAAUGAAACUAGUAAUAGAACCACAGUCAUUAUACACGAUUUAGAACCAGAUACCACAUAUAUAAUUGGUGUUCUGGUAAUAACAAAUGAUGGGAAUUUCAAUAGUGAAGAUAUUGUUUUUAAUCAAUAUAAGACAUCAUGUAUCCAACCUUAUAUUACUGAUUAUAACGUUCAGUUAACCAGUGGGAUAAAAAGCGUCAGCAUACAAUGGGAUAAAAUACAUCUUAAACGAUUAGAAUGCAAUAUAAUUGAAUAUGUUUUGACAUUAACGUUUAACCAAUCACAAAAUCAAAUGACUGGUAUCGAAGAAAUAAAAUCAAGUUCCAAUUAUAGUGGAAUCUCAAUAGGAAAUCUUUAUCCUGGAUACAAUUAUAGUAUAUCUCUGACUCCUAAGACUAAUAAAGGACUAUUAAUUUCGUCACCUACUUAUUCAUUUACUCCCCUAAUAACAAAAAACGACGUCAUUAUUAAAGAUACUGUUGCAACUACGACUAAUAAUAAAAUUAAAAUCUCCUGGAAAUUAGUAAAUGCUUACCAACACGACCAAAUAGUUGUAAAUGCACCUUUUACGUAUGUUGUCAGAUUCAAACUGCAACGAAUUUUCAGUUGCUCUUUGGAAAAAUUAGAAAACAAUUGGACGUCAAUUAUAAUUUUCAAUAGAACGAAUUAUGAAAUAUCCGCGAUACCUAAUUCGCAGUACUGUAUACAAGUUACAGUUGCUAAUGAUGGCAUAAAUACUCAACGAGGAUGCCAGAUUUACGCAUUAACACCAGCAUCAAGUCCACAAAUUGAACCUAUUUUUGACCUUGAAUACCCAAUGUAUGUGACAAAUGACUCGCUGUUUGUUCAGUGGAAAAUCGAUCCCGUAAAUUGUUCAAAGUUAAAUGGAUUCUUAUCAACGUUUUAUAUUGAAUUAAAGGAUAUGGUAGAUGACACACUGGAAAUUAUAGAAACGAAACAAUACUAUCUUUACACCAAUAAGCUGAAAUCAAAUAAUGAUUAUGAAGUAAAAGUGUUUAUAAAAACACACAUCGGUUAUAAUCUUGAACAUUAUCUGUUCACCAAUUUUACAACUAAAUCAAGAUAUUUAGCACCAGUUGAUGACUUAGUAGUUUAUAAAAAAAGUCUUAAAUAUCAGUUAGUAGGGCUUCGUUGGUAUUAUUCAGAAGAUGCAAAUUUAGACGGAUUUAUAGUUUCAAUUAAUGAUUCUAUUACUUACGAUAUUUCUAUAAUUGCCCCAACGAAAUGUUCCGCUUGGCCAGAAUACUAUUGCCAUACUUAUCAUAAUUUGAGCCCUAUGAACAACUUCACAUUUAAAAUAAAACCAAAGUCGUUCGAUUAUCCUGAAGGUGGUCAUGUGUCGUCCAUUUCAUUUAACUUAAACGAUGAAUUGCCAGACUCUCCAAAUAAUUUAAAAAUUAUUGACAUUGGAAAUACUUUUAUGACUCUCCAGUGGGAUAUACCAUGGAUAUUUAAUGGUGUCUUGAAAAUGUACAUCAUUAACGUAGAAGAAAUAUCAUAUAAAGAUAUGAAUUCAAAUUCUGGCAUUCAAACAACAGAAUUACCAAUUUACGAUGAAUUACCUUCUUAUAAUUAUACGGUCAAAAAUCUAAACCCUGGCUCGACUUAUUCAAUUGGAAUAUUAUCCGUGUCUACGUCGCUAUGGUAUAGUUUUCCGAUCAAAAUUCAAGCAAAAACACUUGUAGGCACUUAA